AUGAAUUAAAAGGAGAUUGCCAAAGAAGUCUUAGCUAUUUCAUUGCACAUUGCAGAUGCAGAGAAAUUUGACUUUGAGGAUUCUAAAAAGAGAAUGCAACUGUUAACUGAGUCUGUCCUAAAAACAAGUAGAUUAUUGACUUAGAUGUAGAUCUGUUGAGACAAAAACCUAAUAAAAAUUGCAAUUAAACUGUUGAUUUAGAGUUUUAAUAAAUUGAUAAUCUAAAAGAUCUGCUACCUCAUUUGGCGGAAUGCAGCAAUUUACGUGAAGUAUUAUGAUAAUGCAUCAAUCAAGUUAAUUUUACAUGGUAAUCGUUUACAUACCUUACCUGAAGAUCUCUCGACUUUGAGCACUGUUGAAACUUUAGAUAUUUCCAAUAAUCUCUUUGAUAAUGUAAUUGCUUCAACAAUCUAUGUAGAUCCUCCCCAUUAUCAAAGCUUUGAAAACUAUGCCAAAAUUGAUACAUCUAUAGAUUGGAUUGAGAAAUAUCAAUGAAGAGAAAUAUGUAAUCCAAUAGCUGCCCAAUCUAAUCACACUUAACAAUAGAAGACUUAAAUUUUUUGAUCAACUUGAUAGCGACAGACCUUCUGAAAAACAAUCCGCAAGAUCUGAAAAAUCAUGCUAAAGUGAAGUCACUUUCAAUUAAGAAGAUGUGGACAACGUGGAAGUACUUCAUUAUCUAAUUAAGUUAAAAGAACCUUUUUAAUUAAAUUUCUAAUUUGGAAAAUAAUUCCAAUCAAAAAAAAACACAUUCAACUUAAUUGGCUGACCAUGUCAAAGAUGUGAUGACAGAUUUUUAAACAAAAGUUCAACAAACACAUUCGAAACACUUUCUUGAUACCCAUAUUCUCAAAGUAAUCUAAUUAAUCUAAUUAGGCUAAAUUUGAUUUAUAUGAAAUCUGUUUCAGAGAAUUAAUUGAUUAUUUUCGUAACCAUAAUAGCAAGCUAGAAUAAGUCUUAAAGGCUUUGCAGUAGGAACAUUCCAAUAUCUUUAAUGAUUUAACAAAUGUCAUUUACAAUCUAAAAGAUUAUAAAAAAAUCUAAAAAGACACUCUUGAAAUUGAAUAACUUAUCUAAAAUAGUGAAGUUGUGAAAUCUUAUAAUAAAGAAAUUCAACUCUUUAAAGAAGAGCAUGAUCGUCUAUUGAGUGAGAAAAAUAAAAUUUUGUAGUAGAAAGAUUAACUAUUUGAGCUGCUUAAUCCUUUGUAACUCCAAGUCAAUACUUUAUAGAAUGGGAUGCAAAAAUUGGAAGAGGAGAAGGAAAAUCUCAAUAACAUAAUUUCUUAAUUAGAAUAUUAAUUUGCUUAAUAAUAAUAACAAUUACAGCAAUCCAAUAGAGAUAGCUCUAAAUAAAUAUAAUCUGCAAACCAAUCUUUCUAAGAUAUUUAGUCCUUUUCUAAUUUAUAAACUCAAUAAGUUGUAAUGCUUGUUAAAGCAACUUAGACUGACAAUCAACAAUUAUUUGAAAAGGAAAGCCAAACUUUUGAUGAAGAGGAAAAUGCAAUUUUAACUAAAUCCAUUGACAUGCAGUCAUUUCAAUAAGAACCUGAAGAUAAAUGUUAAAAUGAAUAACUUCAACAAGAAAACAAAAAAUACUUAGAGACUAUGGUCAGAAGUUCAAAAGUUGAAAAAUCUUCAAAUAUUAUGUCUGAAAUCAGUUACAAAUAAACUGAAAGCCCCAGUUUCAUUGAAAGGAAGAGAUAAAAAGCUUUAUCAGAUUUCCAUCUUUUAGUAUAACCUUAAUCAUUCAGACCAUUAACUCUAAAGUAACUCAAAGAGAUCAUUUUGGAUAUUUAUGAGAGCAAAUAUAAACAUGAUAUUCGACAAUAUGAGAACAAAUUGCCUCUAGAAACUAUUGAAUAGCAUAUGUACACUUACCUAUAUUACAAAUAUGGAUUAAAAGUAUUUAACAUAUAUUAAAGGUAGAACUUAGCUUUAGAGUGGGCUGCUUGCAUCAUUAAUGCAAUCUAGAGAUAUAUAUCUGAAGACAAUGAUGUAGUUGUAUUUGGAUUAAUGCUUAAAAAUAAUUUGGAUGAGGAUUUUAGACUAUUGCAAUCUACUCGUAAACAAAAAAUUGAGCAUAUACUCUUUGUAAUUUAGACAUCUAAAUUUAGAUCAUUUUGUAAGCUAAGUAUAAAACAAAGCCAGUCGCAGAAAUUAAGGAAAUGGUUAAGCAAAAAGUGGCUGGAUACAUAACUCACCAGGAAGUGGUUGACAUUUUUAAAAGUAUUCUUGAGGAAGAGGAAAGAGAAACUAUACUAAACCUAUUAAAGAUGCAUUAAAUUAAAGUUGCAGUCAGUGUAAGUCCAAUUAAAAAGGUCAAUUAAAUAGAAUAACAAAGUACACCAAGUACUUAAAAAGAACCCAUCAAAUAUGAGUUUUCUGUCUUUAUAAAAAUUCUUCUUGAAUACUUUAUGAAUCUCUAUCAAUCAUAUUUAGCAAAUUUACGUGUAGUAUUUGAGUCUGUUGAUCAUGAUAAAGAUGGAAUUAUCAACCAAGUAUUUAUUUAUUUUGAUUAUGUUAGUAAUAAUUUUUUAAAUUGACUGAAAGCAUUAAACCAAAUUUGAAGAAUGAAGAAUGCACUCAAAUUUAUGAAACUUUAGAUCCAUUUUAAAAUGAUAAAAUAACUUUUUCGUAAAUUGUUAGAGUGUUCAAAAAUCUUUAAUUGUAAAAUAAAAAUGUAGAUCUAAUACAAUAGAUAUCUUUAGUUUGA